GGGAAGGGGCGAACCUCCGGGUGAGGUAUAGUUGUGUGAGAGGGCCCCUAGCUUGAAGCCUUUCGCCGGAAGAGCGCUCCCGGGGUUGGGAUUCUGCACCGGGAGGCAAGAUGCUCAAGUCCAGGACGUUCUUAAAGAAGACCCGGGCGGGCGGUGUGAUGAAGAUCGUGCGCGAGCACUACCUGCGGGACGACAUCGGCUGCGGGGCGCCCGGGUGCGCGGCGUGCGGCGGGGCGCACGAGGGGCCGGCUCUGGAGCCGCAGCCCCAGGACCCGGCCAGUAGCCUCUGCCCGCGACCGCACUACUUGUUGCCUGACACCAACGUGUUACUGCACCAGAUUGAUGUUCUUGAGGACCCUGCCAUCAGAAAUGUAAUUGUAUUACAAACAGUUCUCCAGGAAGUGAGAAAUCGGAGUGCCCCUGUGUAUAAACGGAUCCGAGAUGUGACUAAUAACCGAGAGAAGCAUUUCUAUACGUUCACUAAUGAGCAUCACAGAGAAACCUAUGUGGAACAAGAGCAGGGAGAAAAUGCAAAUGACAGGAAUGAUAGAGCCAUUCGAGUAGCAGCAAAAUGGUACAAUGAACAUUUGAAAAAUAUAUCAGCAGAGAACCAGCUGCAAGUUAUCUUCAUAACAAAUGACAGGAAAAACAAAGAGAAAGCUGUAGAAGAAGGAAUUCCAGCUUUCACUUGUGAAGAAUAUGUAAAGAGCCUAACUGCUAACCCCGAACUCAUAGAUCGUCUUGCUUGUUUGUCUGAUGAAAGGAAUGAAAUAGAAAGUGGAAAAGUAAUAUUUUCAGAGCAUCUUCCCUUAAGUAAGCUACAGCAAGGCAUAAAAUCUGGUACAUACCUUCAAGGGACAUUUAGAGCCAGCAGGGAAAAUUACUUAGAAGCUACUGUAUGGAUUCAUGGAGACACUGAAGAAAAUAAAGAGAUAAUCAUACAAGGACUUAAACAUUUAAACCGAGCCGUUCAUGAAGAUAUUGUGGCCGUGGAGCUUUUCCCCAAGAGUCAGUGGGUAGCACCAUCUUCUGUGGUUUUACACGAUGAAGGUCUGAAUGAAGAUGAUGUGGAGAAAGAAGAGGAGAGAGAACAAAUGCUUAAGACUGCUGUAAGUGAAAAAAUGUUAAAGCCUACAGGUAGAGUUGUAGGAAUAAUAAAAAGGAAUUGGCGACCAUAUUGUGGCAUGCUUUCCAAGUCUGGUAUCAAGGAGUCAAGAAGACAUCUCUUUACACCUGCCGAUAAGAGAAUCCCUCGAAUUCGGAUCGAAACCAGACAGGCUUCUACAUUAGAAGGACGGAGAAUUAUUGUUGCCAUUGAUGGUUGGCCCAGAAAUUCCAGAUAUCCAAAUGGACACUUCGUAAAAAAUUUAGGUGAUGUUGGAGAGAAAGAGACUGAAACAGAAGUUUUAUUACUUGAGCAUGAUGUUCCUCAUCAGCCUUUUUCACAGGCUGUUCUUAGCUUUCUGCCAAAGAUGCCUUGGAGCAUUACUGAAAAGGACAUGAAAAACCGAGAAGACCUGAGGCAUCUGUGUGUUUGUAGCGUGGACCCACCAGGAUGUACUGAUAUAGAUGAUGCUCUACAUUGUAGAGAACUUGAAAAUGGAAAUUUGGAGGUUGGUGUUCAUAUUGCUGAUGUUAGUCAUUUUAUUAGGCCAGGAAAUGCCUUGGAUCAAGAAUCAGCCAGAAGAGGAACAACUGUGUAUCUUUGUGAAAAGAGGAUUGACAUGGUUCCAGAGUUGCUUAGCUCUAACUUGUGUUCCUUAAGAUCUAAUGUUGACAGGCUGGCAUUUUCAUGUAUUUGGGAAAUGAAUCGCAAUGCUGAAAUCUUAAAAACAAGGUUUACCAAAAGUGUCAUUAAUUCAAAGCCCAAGGCUUUGACUCUUUCUUCUCCUGAAGUUCGAUUUCACAUGGACAGUGAAACUCAUGAUCCUAUAGAUCUGCAGACCAAAGAACUUAGAGAAACAAAUUCCAUGGUGGAAGAAUUUAUGUUACUUGCCAAUAUCUCUGUUGCAAAGAGAAUUCAUGAAGAAUUUUCUGAACAUGCCCUCCUUCGAAAACAUCCUGCUCCACCUCCAUCAAAUUAUGAAAUUCUUGUUAAGGCAGCUAAGUCAAAGAAUUUGGAGAUUAAGACUGAUACAGCCAAGUCUUUGGCUGACUCUUUGGACCGGGCCGAAUCUCCUGCUUUCCCAUAUCUAAACACUCUGUUAAGAAUAUUAACCACUCGCUGUAUGAUGCAAGCUGUGUACUUCUGUUCUGGGAUGGAUAACGAUUUUCAUCACUAUGGCUUGGCAUCCCCAAUAUACACACAUUUUACUUCACCCAUCAGAAGAUAUGCAGACAUCAUUGUUCAUCGGCUGUUGGCUGUGGCUAUCGGGGCCGACUGUACUUACCCAGAGUUGACAGACAAGCACAAGCUUGCAGAUAUAUGUAAAAAUCUCAAUUUCCGGCACAAAAUGGCUCAAUAUGCCCAACGUGCAUCAGUCGCUUUUCAUACCCAGUUAUUUUUCAAAAGCAAAGGAAUAGUAAGUGAAGAAGCCUAUAUUCUAUUUGUAAGAAAGAACGCUAUUGUGGUGUUAAUUCCAAAGUAUGGCUUAGAAGGUACAGUCUUUUUUGAAGAAAAGGACAAGCCAAAGCCAGGGCUUACUUACGAUGAUGAGAUACCUUCACUUAAAGUAGAAGAUACAGUGUUCCAUAUAUUUGAUAAAGUUAAAGUAAAAAUCAUGUUAGACUCUUCUAAUCUUCAGCAUCAGAAAAUCAGAAUGUCCCUGGUAGAACCACAGCUUCCUGGUACUGAGUAA